AUGGCUUCCCGAACGCUUCCCUCUGGCUGCGGGUUCUGCGGCAGCAUGAAAAACCUCAAACGAUGCCCAAAGUGCACUGUGAUGCCAUAUUGCAGUCCCGAGAACAGGACCACGGAUCAUCCUAACCAUGAACAAGACUGUAACCGCAUCAGAUACUCCCGAGGAUGUGGACUAAUUGAGGAAAUCAACCACGAGGAAGCGAUUGUGGCUCAGCUCGACGAGAGCUUUAAAAUCCUGGGACACUGCUUAUCUGAAGAGGAAGGUACGAAGUUAGGUCUACCGGGCCAAAUCCCACAGAUGCUGCUUCGUCUGGGAAAAAACGAGGAUUGUUAUGCCUUUUUGUGGGAUUCGAGUCAUAUGAUUGCCUUCACGCUUUUGAAGAUAAGGUUGGCUUUGAAUUUACAGAGGAUGAAGGAGUGUGAAGCUAUUGUGGGACGUAGGGUCCCCACGGAGAUUCUUUUCAUGAUUCAGUCAUUUAUACCCCAGACCGAGAUUAUUUCUGGCCAUGCGGGGCUUUUGAAGAGCAGUGCUCGAAGGGUCAUAAUACGGCAAUUAGAUGUCCAGAUUGAACAAUUGUACCAAAGGAUCAAAAAGGAUACUGUUGUUUCUGGCUAA